GGGAUAGUGACUUGUAUGAUUGUUACACCAGUAUUCAGAAACGCUCUGCUCUCUCGCCACGACUGUUUUCAAAGAAUGCGAAUCAUCUUGCUUCUGGCGGUGGCGCUGGCGGUGAUCUGCACCGCAGCAGCCCAGGGACGUCUGUUAGAUUUGCCGCAAAUUGAACUUUGUGAUAAUCGCCCGAAGCAGUGGAAGUUCGGUAACCACUACUACUUCUUCUCGUGGGACCAGGAUGGCCCAGACUUCAAGGAAACAAAUCCUAAAACAGGACAAGUGGAAGGUCGCAAGGUUGACUGGCUGGAUGCUCGCAACUUCUGCCGUAAGCGAUGCAUGGACGCUGUUGGCAUGGAGAGCCAAGCGGAGAACGACAUGAUUUUCGACUUUAUCAAGAGACGCAACAUCACGUACAUCUGGACGUCUGGCCGCCUCUGUGAUUUCAAGGGCUGCAGUGAGCGCGAGGACCUUAAGCCCAUCAGUGUCAAAGGAUGGUUCUGGUCCAACACCAACACUAAGAUGGCCCCCACCAAUGCCGUGCCACCAGGCUGGAGCUACCAGCCAUGGAGCGACAAGGGCCACACCGGUGGACCGCAGCCAGACAACGCUGAGUUCGAUAUUAACCAGACAUCGGAGUCUUGUCUCGGCGUACUCAACAACCUGUACAAUGACGGCAUCAAAUGGCAUGACAUUGCCUGCUACCACAAGAAGCCGUUCAUUUGUGAGGAGAGUGAUGAGUUAAUCCGGUACGUCGAGGGCCUUAAGCGGCAACAGGGACAAGGUCAACAGGGGAACCGAGGACAGGGGAACAACGGUAAUGGCAACCAGGGCGCACGGGGACAUUUCGGUGGUUAAGUUUUGAUACCAACCCUUGAAACUUUUCCAUUCUCCCUUUUACAGAACUUUGUUAAUUAAGUUUACCACACUGUCCCAUUUUUGAAGACUGACACCACUUCAUCAACACAGCCACACAACCAAAUAUGUGCAGCAAGGUCAUGAACAUCCUGGUGGCGGCCUUGCUCCCGAAUCUUCUGCUUAUUUAUUGUUAAUACGACGCAUCGGCGCCGUAUGUGGCUGCUGCUCACAGUAAAACACGGCAGUCAGCCUGCUAUUUAUUGUAACACCACGGUAGUUGUGCUGUUUUCAUUAAUAAAACACGAUUGUUA